UAUAUACAUUAUGCCUAAUAUAUAUAAGCAUUUAACAAAUAGUAAAUUACAUCAGUCUAAAAAUUGUGACCUAAAUUAAAUUCUUCAAUUUAUUUCAAUAAAAAUGAUAUUUACACAUUUAUCGUCGUAUUUUCUAAUUACUAGUUGUAUUUAUACAGUAAUUGCUUUUGAUCACCAUAAAAUAUUGUUCAAUUUUAAAGAACCAAAAUUUUUUCAUCAUCCUUCAUUAUUAAAUAAUCAAAAAUCAAUAAAUCCAUCGUAUUUUAAUGAUGUCUUGGAUAUAUUCUCUAAUAAUUUUUACAAGACAGCGUCAAAGAAAAACUCAAACAUUUUAUUAUCUCCUUUGAGUGUAAAUGUAAUCUUAGGUAUGCUAGCCUUUGGUGCUGAAGGAAAUACAGCAUCUGAAAUACUCAGAAUACUCUGUUUGCCAUCAAAUGACCAAUUAAUGAUAAAUAGUUAUAAGUAUCUCAUCGAGAAUUUGAUGAAUGUCCAAGGUGGAGAAUUAAAAAAUUUAAACAAAAUAUACAUAAGUAAAAGAUUACGAGUUAAGAAAAUAUUUGGAAAUGUAAUAACAAAUAAUUUUCACGCACAAGGAGGUCAAUUGAAUUUUUAUAAUCCGAACGAAGCUGCAAAUUCUAUAAAUACUUGGGUUUCGCGGGCAACAAAUAACAAAAUCAACAAUAUUGUUACAGUUGAUGAUUUAAAUACAGAUACUGCCAUGGUUAUCACUAAUAUCGUUUAUUUUAAAGGCGAAUGGAAAUAUAAAUUUUCCAAUCGUUUUAGUUUUUAUUUUAUAAACUAUGACAAUCAGACUAUUUUAGUGUCUAAUACUAUGUAUCGAAAAGCUCAAUUUAAAUAUGCCCAUUUGCCUCAUAUAAAAUCCAAAGUCAUAGAAUUGUCAUACAAGGGUGACGAACUUAGUAUGCUUAUCGUACUUCCUGAUGAAGUUCAUGGUCUCGACAAUGUUGAAAAAAGUUUAGAGACAAUAACCCUUAGAAAACUCCGAAAGGAACUAUCUCUUACUGAAGUCGAAUUGGCUUUGCCUAAAUUUCAUGUUGAAAUUACCAAUGACUUAAAUGAUACUUUAAAAGAGAUGGGUAUAAAUCAAAUGUUUAUGUCUCACGCAAACUUCAGGGGCAUUACAGAUGGAAAUCUUUAUGUGAGUAAAAUUAAGCAAAAAAUUGUCAUUGAUGUCAGCGAGAAUGGUGUUGAAGAUACUGCAACUACAAGUGGAUUUUUUACCAACGGAAUGAUGGGAGAGCAUAUAAAUCAACAAUUUCAUGCUAAUCAUGCUUUUCAUUAUAAGAUUAUUAGAACAGUUGGUGAACAUGAUGGUAUUGCAUUGUUUGCUGGUAAUUAUAAAUAUAUAUAGUAAUUUAGAGAAUAUAAGAAUAUUAAAUAUGUCUGCAAGGCCAAAAAACGAACACAUUAAAUGUGUAAAAUUAUAAAUUUAAGUUUGUACAAACAACAUUACUAUUUAACAUUUUAAUAAAAUAAAA